AUGCCUAUCGAAUUUGUUUGCAAAAUCAAAUUUGCAGAGGAGGAUGAGAAGCAGAAAAGCCAGCAGGAUGGCGACAAAGAGAGCCUGAUCGAGGAGAGCUGCUCUCCUCCGGCCAAAGAUCUGGCCAGGUUUGCCAACUCCUGCUCCCUCCAUGGGAUUAACCACAUCUUUGUGUCGGGACGCCUGGGCAUCCGGCAGACUCUGUGGGCGCUUGCUUUCCUCACCUCUCUGGCUCUCUUCCUGUACCAGGCGGCAAAAUGUGCCAUCUCGUACCUGGAGCACCCACAUGUGACCUCCCUGAACGAAGAGGCGUCUCCGGAGAUGGUGUUUCCUGCUGUAACUAUCUGUAACAUCAACCGCUUUCGAUUCUCAGCGCUCACAGAUGCCGACAUCUACCACCUGGCUAACCUCACCGGGCUGCCCCCAAAGAACCGGGACGGCCACAAACCUUCUGACCUGCAGUAUCCCGCGCCUGACAUGCAGGACAUCUUCAACCGCACCGGACACCAGCUGGAGGAGAUGCUCAUGAGCUGCAACUUCAGCGGACAGAACUGCUCCGUGGACGACUUCACUGUGGUGAGUUGA